AUCCAUCUCCUCUGUAGACUCAGCGUCAGAAAGAAUGUUAGUUUACAACGUUAUUACUGUCAGAUAGUAGGGGAAAAUAGGGCAAUGCCGGUCAGUGGGCAAUACCGGUCAUACCAAUAUUACCUUGAAAGGAGUUGAAUCUGGCAACAGCGAAUCGCUCUAGUGGCGGAUUUUAGUAUUGUCGUACCGACCGCCUUGAGUAGAUUCAGUCAGAGACAAGCGCUGAAGUAACACGAUUGGCGGUUUUGUUUUUAUGGUGUUUCUUGUAGUUACACCAACUCUGAAAAUAAGUUAUGCCGAAGCCACGUAUCAGAAAAACUGAGAGGGCAAAGUGGUCUGUUGAACAUCUUAAUGCUGCCAAACGAUUAUAUGAACAAGGUGAGAUUUCUAUGCGAGCUGCUGCUAAACGAUUUGAAAUUCCAUUUUCCACCUUGCAAGAAAGAAUUGAAAAGAAAAAAAUGGUUACUCCUACUAUGGGCAGAAACACUGUUUUCACCAGGGAGCAGGAGGAAGAAAUGGCAAACCAAAUAAAAUAUCUAGCAUCCAUAUUUUAUGGCUGUACCAAUAAGGAAGUCCGACGCAUGGCAUUUCAGUAUGCUGAAAAAAAUGGCAUAACCCAUAAUUUUAAUACCGAAUUAAAACUAGCAGGUCGCGAUAUGCUGAUAGCCUUUCAAAAGAGAAAUCAAAUUUCAAUACGAAAAGCAGAAGCAACUAGUUUAAACAGGGCUACUGCCUUCAAUAAAGAAGAAGUCAACCGGUUCUACGAACUUUUACAACAAGUUAAUGAGAAGCACAACUUUUCACCGAGAAACAUCUACAAUGUCGACGAGACCGGAAUUUCCACGGUCCAGGAUCCGGCAAAAGGUCAAAAGAGGGUUGGUUCGAUGACAAGCUGGGAAAGAGGUCGCAACAUAACAGUUGUUUGUGCAAUGAGUGCUGCUGGAGGUUUUAUACCUCCAAUGUUUAUUUUUCCUCGCCAACGGCAUUCAUCCCUAUUGGAAAAAGAUGGUCCUAUUGCAGCUGCAUAUGAAUGUUCCAAGAAUGGUUGGAUAACAGAAGAACUAUUCGUUAAAUGGCUAAAACAUUUUGUGGUUCAUGCAAAACCAUCCGAAUCUGACAAAGUCUUAUUAAUAUUAGAUAACCAUUCAAGUCACGUUUCACUGGCAGCCUAUGACUUUUGCAGAGGAAAUAAUAUUACCAUGUUAUCCAUACCACCCCAUACCUCUCACAGGACUCAACCAUUAGACGUUUCGUUUUACGGACCACUCAAGUCCUAUUAUAGGAAUGAGUGCAAUCUCUACAUGAAAUCCCAUGCAGGAGAAAAAAUAUCACCUUAUGAAGUUGCCUCAUUGUUUCGAAAAGCUUUUGCUAACGCUGCAUCGGUAGGUAAAGGAGAGGCAGGGUUCAAAGCAACCGGAAUCUACCCCAUUAACCCGCAUGUCUUCAAAGAUGAAGACUACUUGGCUGCUGAAGCUUCAAAUGAGCCAAAAGAAAUAACUGUUUUCAUCAAUGAAAAUGAUAUUAAACUUGACGAUGAUAUUGCUCAAGAUAUAGGGCCGGGCCAAGAAGUGACAGGAUGCUCGAAACAACAUUACUCUUCAGAAAAUAUAGUCUCUGCAACACCUUCUACUUCAAAACCUCUGUCCUCACUCAAUUGCACUGUUGAAGAUCUCCUUCCGAAACCAAAAAAGACUACGAGAGUUGAAAAACCAAAUCGGAGACCUAAACAGCACUCGACCAUUCUAACUUCUACACCUCUUAAGGACCUAUUGCAAGAAAAAGAAUUUAAGAAGAAUGAAAAACUGGAGAAGAAUAAAGGUAAGACGAAUAAAAGAAAAGGUUUAAAGGACGCUAAGAGAAACAUAAUAGACUCGCUUGAUAAAAGUAGUAUUGAAGAACCAAAGAUAGCAGACAUCACUACCCGGAAAAAACUUCGAACAAAAUUAAGCAAAAAACAAACAGAGUCGUCCUCGGAAUCUGAUAUUGAUAUGGAAAUCUGUAGUGAUAGCGAAAAUUAUGAAACAGAUUUAAAUGUUUGCCUUGUGUGCAAUGAUUAUGGACCAAAUAGUGAAGUUUGGUAUAGAUGUACAACAUGUGGACAAUGGGCACAGUUGUGUUCCGGGAAGGAUACACCGAGGGGAUAUAUUUGUGAUUUUUGUGUAUGACCGGUAUUGCCCAUGCCCAUGACCGGUAAUACCCACAGGUCAGGACAAUUCCGGUCAAUGACAAGUUUUUCAAAUUGAGUGUUUUAUAUUACAAAAUGUCAGUUUUUUCUUUUCAAUUGUGUUCAAUUACAUAGAAUAAAUGUUACUUUAUCUUU